AUGCCAAAUAAUGAACCCUUCCUCGAAAUUUUUUCUUCAAUUUUUGCACCAACGGUAGUGCCGCACAGUGGGCUGGUGGUGCAAUUGGGUUUGAAGUUUGGUCUAAAGUGGCACAACCAAGUUUGUAUUUUCAUGUUUCUUGUUCAUGGUGCUAAGAUGGUUAUUCGAUGUCUGGUGCAAAGUGGGGGUGGUGGCCAGUGGAGUAGUGAAUUGGUAGAGGUGCAUUCUAGUGUUGAGGAGGUGGUGGCAUCGGAAUAG